AGAACAAAAUCAGCAUCUACCGGUAGUCUUGUUUUAUCACAAAUACCUUUACGAACACCGUACGAACAAUUUUAUGCCAUUUAUUGCUAUGUAUAAAAUUGUUGGUAAAGGUACACUACCAGUCAGCUAUCUUCAACUCACUAUUACCUGUAAAACACUAGGAAAAUAGAUUCAGUCUACUGAAUCUAUUGUUGUCUGGUUUUACAGGUAAUACACUGACUGGUAGUGUAUUUGCGACAUAGGGAUAUGAAUACUUAAAGCACAACUUUAUAAAUCAUUUUUUUUUUCUUUUUGCAGUUGGAGCAGUAUGCCGAUAACAUUCUCACCAUGACAACGACAAACAAUGAGCAAUAUCAGUGUAUUGUUCCACCUGAAAAUGACCCCAAUGCUCAAGAUGUUCUGUCAUAUCAUGGUCCAUCAGCCAAUAAGCUAAUGGAACCUCUAUUGAAAGGGGGAUCCUGCACCCUUAGGGUUGAAACAUAUUGGACCUAUGAGCUAUGUCACGGCAUGCACAUACGACAGUUUCAUGAAGAAAAACUACCAGGAAGGGACACAAAGAGACAAGAAUUCUUUCUGGGAAAAGACUUUGCAUUCCCUCAGGAUGAGAAGUUUGCCAGUCAGAAUGUGUCAACGAUUAAAGGUCCAGCAAAAGAUAUCAAAGUGCCUACAAUAUACCUGGACGGAAAGGACAUUCCCUACUUUGAAGUCAUCAUGGGUAAUGGCACUGCAUGUGACCUGAAGGACAAUACACCAAGAAUGACCCGGGUGAAGUAUGUGUGUGACAAGAAUGGCCGAGGAGACAUCUUAUCUUUGAAGGAAACUAGUACAUGUGAAUAUGAAGUAAUUCUCUUCUCAACACAUCUAUGUAGUCAUCCCCUCUACAGAUUGAAGGAAUCUCCGAUCAAUAUGAUUCAGUGCCAUGCUAUGGAUGGUUCACCUGUUCUUCCUGAAGCAUAUGAAGCUCUUACAAGAAAAGACAAUAUACAUCAUGUGAAUCAACCAAAGCAAGCUGAGACAGAUACUGAAACAAAAAUGAUCCAAUCAGUGGACAGAGCUACAAGAGGACCAGUCACAUCUCUGGCCGAUGACCAGCUGUUGAGAGACUUUCUACGGGGAGACUACUGCCUCAACGGUGGCCAGGGAUGGUGGAAGUUUGAAUUCUGUUAUGGAAAAUAUGCUCAGCAAUAUCAUCAGGAUAAAACGGGGAAAACAAUACUAUUACUAGGUGCUUGGGAUGAAGAUGCUCAUAAAAAAUGGUGGGCUGAUGCCAAAACAAAGACAAAAUCUUCAACAAGUACCAAACAAGUCACUCAUUUUUAUUCUGGAGGUGAUAUGUGUGAUUUAACAGGGAAACCUCGCCAAGUUCAGGUGAAAUUGAAAUGCAAGGAAUCGCUGGGUCAGCACGCUGUCACCAUAUAUCUUGUAGAACCAUAUACGUGUGAUUAUAUUUUAGGGGUUGAAGCUUCAAUUAUCUGUCCACUGUUGGAUUCAGCAGAUGAAUAUGGACUUUUACACACUGACGUACCAAAACCCUGAUCGUGUCUUCCACAAGAUUUGAAAUUAAAGUACUUUUACAUUCUAUGAAUGUUGGAAUGAUAAGUAUUACUGAACUUUCAAGCAGCAGGACAGUAUGUAUCUCAUCUUGGUCUAUGAGUCAAUACCUUCUAGGGUUGUUUCGUAAAGCCGUUUGUAAAUCAUGAACAACUUUACAAAUAACUGGAAUAUGGAAAGAAAGAAUGGGUUUCUGGGUUUUUUGUGAAAAUUUUUACAAAGUGGAACAUACUCGUGUUCAUUCCAUUAUAACUGUUAACAUUCAUCUCAGUGCAAAGCAUGUUAUUUGCUUUGAUGAAAUAUAACACAUAUUCAAGACAAAUACUGGUAUCAGGAAAGACUUUUGGCUUAAUCUUUAGCACUUCUAAUUCCAGUCAUUUGUAAAGUCAGUAACUGUACAAACAGCUGUGUAAACAGCCCUGCUCUUUGAUCUUGGGUCGGACUGCACAGGACUUUGACCAUUAUGGUAACUACUAGGGUAACAGGGCUCAGCAGCCAAUGAUAAUCAAGUUUCCAAUGGAAGUUAAGGGCAACUUUACCAUAAUUGUAAAUGGCAUGUACUGGCCUCUGGAUGGAGACAGAAGUUAUGCUCUGGCAGGAUGACUUGGCAUUUUGUCUCUCCAUUUCUACCUCUCGUGUCCCACGUACGUGCAUAGCGCCAACUUAAUGUGUUCCGCCAUCUUGCUUGUUGGUUGCCGAUAAAAUGCGCAUUUUCAGAUUUUUUAACGCUCAGUCAUUAUCCAUGACUGAAACAUUGACCAAUCAAAAACUAAGAUUCUAUAAGAAAUAUGAAUAUUCAUAUACGAAAGUAUAAACAUAGAUAAUUCAGUUUUAUGUGAAAUUUAAACCCAAUACUUCAAAAUAUGGUUAGUUUUAUGUCUCUAAAAUGACCCUUAAAACCAGAAUUUUAUUACUAAAAAAUAAAGGUUUUCCCAAGUUGCCAUGGUAACGCGGUCUGAGAUAUAAAAGCUUAGCAAACACUUCAUUUCAGUGAUCGAGGAUGUAUUUGUUUACGGUAUACGUCUACAUAAAUUAUAACAUUUUUUUCCAGACCAUGGAUGAACUUUCAAAAAGAGACAUUUUAGGCAAGUUUUUACGAUUUCCGGCAAUUUUCUGACACAGGCACUUUGAAGAGGUAAUUUUUACAGAAUUAGAAGAAGACAUCAUGGAUUUUCCUAAUUAUCACGACGGAUAUGCAACUUACUUGUAAACAAAUCAAACAAAGUCUAUGAUACAUUUUCGAUAAUGCAAAAAGAGACAUUCAAGUCUCUGAUUGAGAGCCGCAGAUUGAACAUUCGCACGGCGCAAUGGUAGCGUUUUCGCCGAAUUCGUCGGGGCGAAAACUCCAAGCGAGCCGUACCACUCACCAGUCCCGAACGCUGCGCUGUAUGUUUGAUGAUUUAUCUGGUGCCAUUUCGUGCUUAUAAAUUUGUUUUUUCUACAAUGCCACUAUCUCAUUAAAAUUGUUUGUCAUGAUAACAUUGGAAAUAUUAUCGUUUAAUGGCCCGAAGGAUCGACUGUAAUAAAAGAUACUUUGAAAUAUUGUCAGAGAGUGAUUAGUUAGGUGAUGUUUAUGGUCAGAAUUUAGUCAUGGCUUCGGGUGAACUUACGCGAACGCGGUCACUUGCUCACGGGGCGAGUCGGCCUGGCCCUUUGGUGGAAGGCCGUUAGGCAACGUGCAGUGCAGCUAGUCUAGAGCAGAGUUGGGGAGUUAUAGGUAUAACAAUACUUUGAAAUAAGUAAUCUGCAAAUAUUUUUGUCUUAUCCCUUUGGAUUACUUAGAUAAGAAAUUCAAAUUCUCAAAGUUUAAAUCAAAUUUUAGACAGUGACAACAAAGAGUGGUGCUGUAUGGGGGGGGGGGGGUUCUUGCAUGCCCCCAAUUCACGAACAAGAAAAAAAAAGGAAAAGGUAAGAGAAUCUUGCGAAAUUGUUCAAUUGGAUUUUUGUAACCAAAAGUCAAAAUUAUGCUUAUGUCGCUUGCUUGCAACUAUAUAUUUUAUAAAUUUUGCCUGAUCGAUACGCCAUAUCGUAGUACCCUCAAUUAUUUUCACUUGUUACGCCGCUGACAUGACUGAUAUAACAUCUACUAGUUUAUGAUAACAUUAUUUGGUUGCGGGAUCAAAGCAUCAGCUAUAGCUAAACAUUUAUACUUUAUGCCUGUUCAACUUCCAAUACAGGUUUAGGCCUGUAUUUAUGAGAUGUUAAGAUCUAUGGGUGCCUUUAUUAUUUUCAAUUUCAAUUAAAACAAUUAUUAAUUAUGUAUUAAUUUAGUAUUAACCUCGAUGAUACAUUUUAUUGUGUUAAAUCGUACAAUUUCUGUUGUAUUAAGCCCCUUAUUAAGCCCUUUUAAAAACAUGCUCAGUAGCAGACCCCCCCCCCAUAUAUAAAGACAAUAGAAGUGUAUAUAGAAUUAAUUGAACCCCCCCCCCCCUAUUGAGGACAAAAUGAAAAAAAAUACUCAAAAUAAUCGACCGCCCCCCCCCCCCUUUGACGAGGCAGCUGUCGGUGGCCUGAUGUCUUCAUUGACUUCUUUUUGCUUGUAAAAAUAAUAUUAAAGAAAUAGGGGCUACUCUAAGUGUCCCCUAUGAAAAUUGAUUUGGAUCUGCAAGUGCAUGAGGCUGCGCCCCCUCCAACGUCAUAGCUACCCCAUAUCUUUAGGUUCUAGCUCUCAUAUUUUUCAGCUCCCUGAUUUUUUGGAAGAAAAAAAAACGAGGCGAAAGAAAAGAGUGAAAUAAAUGAAAUACGAUUAAUAAAAAUUUGAGUUGUUUGAAAGAAUUAUACUUAUCAGAGAAACUAAAUUAAAUUCUACAACCAUGAAGAAUAACAGCAAUCUUGAUAAAUUCUGUUUUUUUUUCAAAAUCAGAACCAAUCAACCUUUUUCUGAUUAUUCUGUCACUUUCCAUAUUUUGGAGAAAAAAAUAAAAGUGUUCAUCGACGCCCUGUACUGCAUGAUGAAACUGUUUUCCCCACUCGGCCCUCGUAACCCCCCCCUCUCUCUCUGUCCCUCCCCCCCCCCCACCACAAUGCCCCUUGCUCAUUUCUCUUAUCUCACCUUGACCUUAAUUAAUUAAUCUUAACUAUUUGGCGGUACAGUCAAACGUGACUGGUCGCCAUCAUAGUUUCAUCCCCAACAAACAAGGAACAAACAAUAACAAUUCUGUUUUUCGACCCAACAUCAUUCCUUUCAAUACGCGUAAGGCUAUACGUGGGCAUGCACAAACAACGUGGGUUAACAAAAACUGACCCGCGUUUGGACUGAAAUUGUGAUU